AUGUACACUGGGGUACUCGCGUAUUGCACUCAAGUAUCACUCGACACACAAAAUGCUCGGGCAGCUCAUAACUACCUGAACACUAUAAAACAACAGAGUAAAAUUGCCGUAACAACAGGCCAGAAACAACAAAGUAGCAACUUUCCGGGUCGAUUUGCUCUGUUUCUUGAAGCUGCGCGGUCGGGAGAUAUGAAGACGGCGCAGUUGUGUUUGAGAAACGAACAAAACGUGGACGAAGUUGAUCAUCUUGGACGCACAGCUCUCCACUGGGCAGCGUUGUCUGGAUCAGACGAAGUAUUAUCUCUUCUGCUGCGAAAUGGAGCUUCGGUCGACCAGCAAGACACACUGGAUGGGCUUACGGCACUACACUACGCUGCAUUUUAUGGUCAUAUCAAGAGCACAAGACUGCUGGUCGGUGCUGGCGCUUCAAUGACCAUUAUGGACAACAGAAGAAUGAACCCACUGCAACUCACUGAGAUGGCCAGUCUCAAGCUAGCGAGUGUUCAACCUACACACCAGAUGAUCAUCAAAUAUCUGCGAGUUGCCAUGAAGGACGACGUCACGCCACCCCUGGAAAAUGUUGCUGGCCUUACUGUUUUACGGCUAGUAGAGCGACAAGCACAUAAUCUUCCGCAGAUGGAGUGA